AUGAGGCAUCUUGUUGGAGAAUCUGAGAAUCAUGCUGAAGGUUCAAUUGUGCGUAGGAGGAAUCAAUAUAGGAAUUUUGACAGAAAUAUGAGGGGCAUACCAAAAUCUAGACAUGUUGAGAAAGACAUGUCCUAUUGUAAGAAGAAGGUGCAUAUUAAAGCUGAUUGUUAUGCCUUGAAAAAUAGAAAUAAAGUUGCUGGUGCAACUGAAAAAGGAAAGCAACCUGCUCUAGAAUAUGGAAUCAGAAUGUUCGAUGAGGCGAUCAGGACACUUACAGAUGUAAGGCAUGUUCUAGAAUUGAAGCGGAAUCUCAUAUCUUUGAGUGUACUUGACUCAAUAGGUUAUAGAUAUAUUGAUAAAGCUAUUGGGGAUGCAACAGUUUCUUCUUCUUCUUUAACAGAUGAUGAAGUUACAAAACUUUGGCAUAUGCGGCUUUGGCAUAUGAUUGCCAUUGAUAAAAAGACACCAGAAGAGGUAUGGUCUUAUAAAACUUUUUGCUAUUCUGAUUUGAAGAUUUUUGGGUGUCCUGCUUAUGCUCAUGUGGAUAAUGGGAAGUUGGAGCCUAGGGAUAUAGUAAUUGAUGAACUUGCAAUGGUUUGUGGUUCAUCUUUUGGGAAUUCUGAUAAAACUAAGGAGCAUAAUUAUUCAACUCAGAUGGAGUUGAAAAUUGGUUCAGAGGAACAAUUAGAGAUUGCAGAACAGUCAAUUGCAUACCAGUCCAGUUCGAGGUUAAUAGAUAGUAAUAUCUUGCCUACUUUGCCAACACCGCCAGCACCAUACUAUUCUAUGGCUAAUGAAAGACCUCCAUGGAAGUAUGGGAAGCAGAUUUGGUAG